AAGGCUACUAUUACAUGGUGGCAGCGCGGAUCGAACACCGUCUGUUGGAUGAUUGACAGGACAUGCACGAGAGUGCAGGGCCAGUGGCACACACCGCAGUAUUCGCCGCGCCAUACAUAAUGGCAUGUGUGCCUGUGUGGUAAAUGUACGACUGUGCGUCGGACUGCACCGUAUGCUGAAGUGGCGAAUGGCGAUCGACUGGACAAAGUCAAGGAAACUGUAAUAUGAAUUGAAAUCUUGAGUGACUCGGGUUUGCACCAGUGACAAGGAAGCAAUGUGUCGGAAACUUCGGGACAUUGUGAGCUUGAGUGUGAUAAAUAUUUGUUAUCAACACCAUCGAGCUCGAGCUUCGGCGAACCAUCAAGCGUUGCCUAGAUAGCUGCAUGCAUGCAGCCAUUACCCCGCGGACGGAUACUAUCAAGGUUUCGUGGGACUUUCGGUGACACACAUCUGGCUAUCAUAGCAGAUAACUUGCAUGUAGUAAAUUACACAUGCACAUUCGACGCUGAGUGCCGUGCGGUGUUACACGGGACAGUUUUCACAACUACACAUACGGGACACAUACCCGCAGUGUGGAGUCAACAAGGCUGAGCAUCAACCAGUGAUGGAACACUAACACUAACAGUGCCAGUUUCACAGGGAGGUCUGACUCGUAGUAGUUUUGGUGAUCAGAGCGGAACACAGGCCAUCAGCAUCGAAGAUUGCUAACAGAAUUUGGUGCACCUGAGCGGAGAAUUCGAGACACUCUUCGUCAGCACGGGCUUACAAGCAGCUUGAGACUAUAGCAGACAAGCAGCAUUGACAUUGUACGUGAUCAUCGCGAACUGUAUGUUACAGACUAGCCAGUCGACGUAGACAGCAGAUGCAGUCAAGCCAAGUCGAAGACAAGCUAAGUCCAAAAAUAAAGGGCUGAUCGAACAUUGUCAUUUAUGAAAAGUUAUGUGCGUGUACACAUACUGCAUGUAUCACGCAGAUCUUGUAGUUUAGUGCAUUUGUUAUCAAUGUCAAAAUAGCGAAUGAAGCUACGUAUUGUUACCGAGAGUAUUUUUGGUCGAAAUAGGUGGUAUGUAUACAUAUCAUAAAGCGUAUAAAUUGUGGAAGCCAGAUAUUCGGAAAUAUUUGGUUGGCAUUAGCAUAGUGCAACCCAUGAAAUAGUGUGUAUAAGCCACACCAAUAUUUUCCUCCAGAGAUAACGUGCCUGAUUAGUGAUUACCACUGAAGAUAUUGGUAUAUUAUAACGUUGGUCAUAUCUGUUUACAUUUAUGCGUACAUCAUAAUUUUGCCAACGGGAUUACCUUGCUCAUAGCAAAUGAGAGGAUGCCAUGGUUAUUUGUAAGUCGGAAUUCAUACAUGUUUAUGGCUGUAUUCACUGCCCGUAAUUAUUGUAUUGGUAAUCAUAUGUAUACAUUCAGUUCACGGUCAUAUUACUGUAUGUAACAAGUAUACAUGUGCUGUAAAGGUGAUUGAGUUCAUACCACUCGCUUAUAUAUUGAUUCCAUUACCAAGAUUGCAAUUAUAGUGAAUACGGUGCUAUAGUGUUCACCUACAGUUGUAUGUAACAACAAAUUGUCAAUCUAUACUGAGGAUACACAUAGCAACAUGGCUAGUGGAUCACUGCCUACACCUCGGAUGGACUGGUCCAGCCCUGACCGGUCACAGGCCCUAAAUGAAUUUAGACAGGUGGCCAAUAUGUGGUUUACCAUUAAGAGAAUAGCAUCUGCCGACCAGCACACAUACAUCAUACUAUGGUCUGGUAAGGAGGGACUACGCAUGUUCAACACCUGGAAUCUGACUGAGGAUGAACUAAACAGCCCUGUAAACAUAUGGGAUGCAUUUUCACAGCAGCUGGUCCCGCGAGAUAACUUCAGAAUUCAUAGGCUGGAAUUCCAAAGGUUUAAACAGGGUGUAUCAGAGUCAAUUGAUGAUUUCGUCCUCCGAUGCAGGACCAAGGCAGCACAGUGUAACUUUACAACUGAGGACAUAAUUGAAGAGCGAAUAAUUGAAGUUCUUAUCGCAGGGGUCAGCCACCCAGAGGUACAGAAGACACUGCUAAGCAAGGAUGCAAAGUUAACUCUUAAAGGUGCCAUCACAGAGGCAAGAGCACAUGAAGCAAGCAUCGUGCACAUGAGUCAGCUACAGGGCCUAGACUCUGCAUCAGUUCAUGCAAUGCGAAUGGAGAAACCCUGUGGGAACUGUGGUGGACACCACCAACCGAGGAAAUGUCCAGCAUUCAAUGCCGUAUGCCACAAGUGCCAGAUGACAGGCCACUGGGGGAAAUGUUGCAGAUCAUCUGCGUCAACACACCCUACUUACAGAGGCAAAGGUGGCAGGGGACGCGAAAGGUACCAAGGUGGCAGAGGUCAAUUUAGUUACCAUGGUGAUAGAGGCAGAGGUCAAUUUAGUUACCAUGGUGAUAGAGGCAGAGGUCAAUUUAGUUACCAUGGUGAUAGAGACAGAGGUCAAGUUAGUUACCGCGGUUAUGGAGGCAGAGAUCAGAACCCCAAUCCAUUAUCAUCACAAAAGAACGUCCACCCAAUAGACUGCCAGCAGCAGGACAGUCUGACCACUGAUAUGGAGGCUAUGUCACUUGACGCAAUUUUUAUCGGUGACGUACGCACAGAUGGUACUCCCCAGGCGGACCAAAGAGAUGAGAUAUUUGCUAACUUGAGCAUUACAUUGAGGAAUAAACCUGGCAACCACACGCUGAAAGUAAAGGUUGACACGGGUGCCCAAGGAAACGUGCUACCAUUACGUACAUUCAGAAGAGCAUUCCCUGAGCUACUUGACACCAAAGGAUACCCAAGGGAUGGGACGGUUCAACAGGAACCAACCAAGCUUUAUGCAUACAAUGGCGCUGCUAUGCACCAAUAUGGAUGUGUUAAAGUUCGCUGUCAAUACAAGGAUGGGAAAUGGCUCUCAACCAGAUUCUACGUGGUGGACACACCAGGACCUGUGAUACUAGGGUUACAGAGCGCAGUCAAAAUGCGUCUGGUGGAAAUCAACUGCGAGAUACGCAAGGACACUACAGGACCCAUUGGGCAUACUCCGACCCUUGAGAUCCGCAGCAAAAGUGAUCUCCAAAAUCAGUACCCUGACCAAUUCCGAGGCAUAGGACAAUUUCCUGGGGAGUAUGACAUUGCGCUUGAACUUGAUGUUGUACCUGUUGUACAUCCGGCAAGGAAGUUUCCGAUACAUCUCAAAGAAGAACUCCGGGAAGAGCUGGAUAGGAUGGAGUCCAUGGAAGUCAUUGAAAAAGUCAGUAAGCCGACAGACUGGGUCUCGUCGCUAGCGAUCAGCAGGAAGAGUAAUGGGAAGUUGAGAGUUUGCCUGGAUCCCAAAGACCUCAACAAAGCGUGUAAAAGAACGUAUCACAAGGCCCCAACCUUGGAAGAAACCACACACAAGCUACAUGGUGCCCGUGUAUUUUCCAAGUUAGACGCGAGGCAUGGGUAUUGGAGCAUCCAGCUCACUGACAGAGCCAGUGACUUGACGACGUUCAACUCCCCGUUUGGAAGGUACAGAUUCAGAAGGCUACCAUUUGGUCUCAAGGUGGCCCAAGACAUCUUUCAAGAGAAGAUGGAUCUCAUCCUCUCAAGUUGCCCUGGAACACUCAACAUCGCAGAUGACAUCAUCGUGUAUGGGCAUGACGGUGAGGAACAUGACAAGAAUCUGCACGUCUUGAUGACCACUGCUACAAAGUUUGGACUGGUCUUCAACCUGGACAAAUGUGAUAUCAAGGUGGACGAAGUGGCGUUCUUCGGAUGCAUUUAUGGCAAAGAGGGCGUCCGUCCAGAUCCCAAGAAGGUGGAAGACAUUCACAGCCUUCCACCGCCAAGCUGUGUAAGAGACCUGCAACGUUUCCUGGGCAUGAUACAGUAUAUGUCGCCCUUCAUACCAAACCUUGCGACGCAUACAGAUGCACUUCGCAGCCUGACCAAAAAAGACAAUGAAUGGCAGUGGACAGCAUCUCACCAGCAGUCGUUUGAUGUGGUGAAAUCCCUCAUCACAUCCAUGUGCACGCUAACCUACUUUGAUCCUACCAAACAGUCAACGGUACAAGUUGAUGCAUCAUCACGAGGUCUUGGUGCAGUGCUCCUGCAAGAUGACAGACCUGUUGCAUUCGCAAGUAAAGCCUUGACUGAAACUGAGCAGAGAUACGCGAACAUAGAACGGGAGAUGCUUGCUGUGGUUUUCGGCUGUACCCGUUUCCAUACUUACCUCUAUGGAUCAACGUUCAUUGUAGAAUCUGACCACAAACCCCUUGAGAGUAUCCACAAAAAGAACCUGGCAAAUGCACCCCCAAGACUACAGAGGAUGCUGUUGCGGUUACAACCAUACGACUUCCAAUUGGUCUACAAACCGGGCUCUCAAAUCGGCCUUGCGGACGGACUGUCACGCAUAAACCCCCAGAAGCAGCCGACCAUCGAACUCAACAGCACUAUCCACACAAUCAAUGUGGCGCCAAACCGUCUUGUAGAGCUACAACGCAGGACAGAUGAAAGCAAGGAGCUGAAAGCCCUGAAGGAGUUGACAGUAAAUGGAUGGCCAGAUGAGGCUAGUCUUGUACCCAAGGAACUACGCAAGCACUGGUCGGCAAAAGACUCAUUCUCCGUCGAAGAUGGUGUACUGCUGAAGGGCUGUAGGAUUAUCAUACCAGAAGGCAUGCAGCAGGAAGUGCUCAAGAAACUUCAUGAAGGUCACCAGGGCGUGACGAAAACACAACUCCGUGCCAAGUCCUGUGUGUACUGGGACGGAAUCAGCAAAGACAUCGAGCACAUGGUUGGAUCCUGCACAUCAUGCAGAGAACACCAGAGAGCCCAGCAAAGGGAGCCCCUACUUCAACAUGACCUUCCCUCGAGGCCCUGGGAAACAGUGGGAACCGACCUGUUUCAUCUGUAUGGAGAUGAAUACCUGAUCAUUACAGACUACCACUCAAAGUUUCCCUUCAUCAGGAAGGUCAGAGGGAGAUGCACAAGCGGAUCAGUUGUCCAAAUCACCAAAGACAUAUUCAGUGAGCAAGGGAUACCCCUGAAGGUGAUCAGUGAUAAUGGACCCCAGUUUGCCAGCCAAGAGUACAAAGCCUUUGCACAGGAGUGGGGAUUUCAACACGUCACUUCCAGUCCUCACUAUCCUCAAAGUAACGGACUUGCUGAGCGUGCCAUACAGACCGUGAAGAGGACAUUGACAAAGGUGAAGGAAUCCAACGGUGACCUACACCUCGCAUUGCUGAGCCUUCGAACCACUCCUGUGGACACAGACCUGCCAUCGCCAGCUGAGCUUCUACAAGGCAGAAAGAUGAGAAACACCUUGCCAGACAAGUUGAGCAGUUUGUCGGCCGCCCAGACAGACACGUACGAGAAGCUGAUUGCAAGGCAGAACAAACAGAAAGAAAACUAUGACUGCAGAGGUGUGAAGGAACUUCCUCCACUGCGAACAGGAGAGAAGGUGCUCACAUAUGAACACAAUACAGGAGUGUGGAGCCCAGCAACGGUUGUGGAAGCAUGCAGAGAACAACGAUCCUACCUCAUUCAGACUCCUAAUGGGGGCAUAAGAAGACGCAACCGCAGAGACGUAAGAACUUUGGGUUGUCCACCUCAGCAUGUGAACUCUGAGGGGGACCACAGGCUACCCAAGGCGCCACCACUCCCUCCAGAUCGGGCACAAGAUCGGCAGAAAACACGUGGUGAUGCAUGCUACACAAGAUCAGGGCGCAGAAUUGUAAAGCCCAAUCGCCUUAUUGAGCAAUAGGCAUCUGUGUCAUACACAUGACUCACUUGUGUACAUUGCUUUGGAGUUACUGUACAAUAUAUUACAGUUAUUAAAAGAAAAUAAUAACACACAUGUAAUAGCAUACUAGACUUUGUAAAGUGAGAAAGCUUGUAUAUGUGAAACACAGGAAUUGAAGUUAUGUACAUCUUUAUCGUAAUUCAUGCAAGUGUAAACAAUUGUUAUAUAUGAGGUUUUGCGUUGUGUUACGAAUUCGUAAAGCAACAGUUAAAAGUAAGCAUUCACAGAGCUUGCGGCUCACACAGCAACGCAAGGAAUGAAGCCAUUCAAAAGUUGGAGUUGUGUUUGUUUGAUUGAUGUUUGUUGAAGUCACACACAAAAAAGUUGUUGGUUCUGAGAUGUGGUUAUAAGAGGAUUUAUUAUUUAGGUACAAUUGUCAUACGCUUUAAAAGUUUAAAACGUUUAUCAUACUGUUUUCAUCAUGCUCAACUUUUCAUUGUGGGGAA